AUGGUCCAAGAAUUCAUUAUUGCUGGAUUCCCAGGAUUUCAAGACCGAUUUAGCAGAAAUACCAUUUUUGGGACUUUGCUCACAAUCUACAUUUUUAUUUUAUUAGGGAAUCUGCUUAUAAUUAUGAUAUUCCUACAAGACAAAGAGCUGCAUGUUCCCAUGUACAUCUUAAUUUCCAAUCUAGCUCUUGUGGACAUCAUCAUCUCGUCCACCACCAUUCCCAACAUGUUAUCCCUUUUUAGAUCAGGCUCUAUUUCUCUUUCUCUUCCAUCUUGUUUCAUGCAGAUGUUUUUCUACGGGGCCAUGACCACAGCAGAGUCCCUUCUCCUUGGACUCAUGGCUUAUGACAGAUAUGUUGCCAUAUGUAAGCCCCUCCACUACUACACAAUUACAAGUAACAGCCUGGUCCUGAAGCAAAUUGUUUGCUGCUGGCUCUGUGUUCUCAUUAUCAUGAUCAUUCCAGUGACUUUCACCUUCAAACUGCACUUCUGUGGACCCAACAUAGUGCUUCACUGCUUUUGCGACAACUCAGCAGUUUUGAAGUUAGCGUGUAGUAACACGACUCCCAAUACGUAUGUUGUUUUAAGCAUUGGAUUGCUGGUGAUGAUAGGCCCCUUGAUCUACAUCCUGUUUUCCUACACUCGGAUCAUCAUUUCAGUUCUCCACAUCUCCAGCUCUGAGGGACGCCUGAAGGCCUUCUCUACCUGCGGCUCACACCUGCUGGUCCUCUUGGUCUUCUUUCUGGUUGGUGCGGGUGUAUACAUAGCCAACCGAGUCCCCAGUACAUCUGUCGAUGUUCGCAUUCUGGCAUCACUCAUUCAGAAUGUUACCCCACCGCUCUUGAACCCAAUAAUCUAUUGCUGGAGGACAAAGGACAUUCAAGAUAGUAUAAGGAAGGUGUUGAAAAUCAAUAAGAUAUUACCAAACAAAUAUUAA